UCCUCACCUUUCCAGGCCGGGAGCCGCCCCCCAGGGGGCCGGACCGAGCGGCGGCGGCGGGAGAGGGCGCCCGGCGCCGGCCAGCAGCUCGCUGGGGCAGCGCAGCGCAGCCCUGACACCGUCGCGCCCUCGGGUUCCCUGAACUGCCCCAGCCAUGUCCUCCAGCUCUCCCCCGGGCGAGCAGAAAAGCCGGACCCUGGGCCGGCUGUCACUGCCCAGGAGAGGCAGCAUGACGCCCAGCAAGAAGUCCUCAGCGCUGGAAUUGGCUGAGAACGCCCCCAAUGCCCACUAUGCCCCACUCUCCGCCGCCCAGGGCGGGCAGCCGCCGGUAGGCUGCAGCCCGGGGUCGGAGCGAGAGCGGCCGCUGCGGAUGAAGAGCGAGGUGGUGGUGAUGAACGCCGACUGCCCGCGGCCGCCCGUCAGCCUGGACCCCCGCGUCUCCAUCUACAGUCUCCGCAAGCCCCUGCUGAGCCGCAGCAGCAUCCAGGGCAGAGUCUACAACUUCUUGGAGCGGCCUACGGGCUGGAAGUGCUUCGUGUACCACUUCACAGUCUUCCUUAUUGUGCUGAUAUGCCUUAUCUUCAGCGUGCUUUCCACAAUUGAGCAGUAUGCAGCUCUUGCUACAGGGACCCUGUUUUGGAUGGAAAUUGUCUUAGUGGUGUUCUUUGGAACGGAGUAUGUGGUUCGCUUAUGGUCAGCAGGAUGCCGCAGUAAAUACGUUGGGAUAUGGGGAAGGCUUCGUUUUGCUAGGAAGCCUAUUUCAAUCAUUGAUUUAAUAGUAGUUGUUGCCUCCAUGAUAGUUCUUUGUGUGGGCUCUAAAGGUCAAGUCUUUGCAACAUCAGCUAUCAGGGGCAUCCGAUUCCUGCAGAUUUUACGGAUGCUGCAUGUUGACCGUCAGGGUGGCACGUGGAGGCUGCUGGGAUCAGUGGUGUUCAUCCACAGACAAGAACUGAUAACUACGCUCUACAUUGGAUUUCUGGGCCUGAUUUUUUCCUCUUAUUUUGUGUACCUGGCUGAAAAAGAUGCUGUGAAUGAUUCUGGAGAGACAGAGUUUGGCAGCUAUGCAGAUGCCCUGUGGUGGGGAGUAGUGACUGUCACAACUAUUGGCUAUGGGGAUAAAGUGCCUCAGACCUGGAUAGGGAAGACCAUUGCAUCUUGUUUUUCAGUGUUUGCAAUUUCAUUCUUCGCCCUGCCUGCGGGAAUCCUUGGUUCAGGCUUUGCCCUAAAGGUACAACAGAAACAAAGACAGAAGCAUUUCAACCGUCAGAUUCCAGCUGCUGCCUCUCUCAUACAGACUGCAUGGAGGUGCUAUGCAGCAGAAAACCCUGACUCCUCCACGUGGAAGAUAUACAUUCGAAAACACACCAGGAAUUAUCAUCUGAUGUCACCCAGUCCAAAGCCAAAGAAAUCAGUGAUGGUUAAAAAGAAGAAGUUUAAGUUGGAGAAGGACAACAGCCCUUCUUCUCCAGACAGGAUGUUAACUGUGCCACACAUCACUUACGACCACGUGACGGAAGACAGGAAGCCUGAUUUCACUUUUGAUACCUAUGAAAAUUCUGGACAAAAAGGAAUGUUAAAAUUGCUUGAUUGUCACCGCUCCUGGCCAUCCUUUUCUGCAGACCAGCAGUCUCCCAGCACUCCUUCCUCUCCAGUGAAGAAAAGCCCCGCGUUUUUAGACGUGAACACAGGACCCUUCAUCAGGACCAACAGCUUUGCCGAUGAGCUUGACCUGGAGGGUGAGACGCUGCUGACCCCAAUAACUCACAUCUCACACAGCACCUUCCCUAAUGGUCUGCACUGGAAACAAAGGCUGCGAGAACACCACCGUGCUGCAAUUAAGGUGAUUCGCAGGAUGCAGUACUUUGUGGCAAAGAAAAAGUUUCAGCAAGCCAGAAAGCCCUAUGAUGUCAGAGAUGUUAUUGAGCAGUAUUCACAGGGCCACCUCAACCUGAUGGUGCGAAUCAAGGAGCUACAGAGGAGAUUGGACCAAUCCAUAGGGAAGCCAUCUCUUUUUAUCUCUGUCUCAGAAAAAAGCAAAGAUCGAGGGAAUAACACAAUUGGUGCCAGGCUGAACAGAGUGGAGGACAAGGUCACCCAGAUGGACCAGAAGCUGAACCUCAUUACAGACAUGCUGCAUCAUCUGGUUUCCCGUCAGCAGGGGAGCCAAGGGAAUGACAGAUCACCUCCAAAAGGCAGCAGACCUGCAGUCACCAGGAAAAGGACAAGAGGCUGAAGUGCCUGGACUUGCUGGUCAAGUGCUUGAGCUGGCCACUUACUGAGCAUCCAUAAUCCCCUCAGGAACCGAGGCCCCAGGUCAGGAAAGCGUCUCUCAUCCAAACAGCAUAUAUGGCAAUUUGAACAGCUUCCUGAAUAAUGCCUUGAGAAAUCCAACUCCCUACAAGGAGCCAUUUGCUACUGAAAAGUGCCAACUCUCAUCUAGAUGAUGGAGGGCCUCAGCUGGGAGUUGAACCAUGUCCCACCGCAUGAUAGCUGCAGUAACGCCAGCAGCGUUUGGCUCAGUGUGCAUUUUCACAUGCACAACGCAAGCAGGAUGUGAGCUUUGGUUCCUAAGGCAGAAGAUCAGCCCUUGCAGGUAGGCAGCACCCACAUGUACCACAUGUGAAGAUGUGGAACAUCUUCAAAGCUGGCAGACUGCCAGGAAAAGCUGUUUGGUCCGACAUGGUGGUGGUAGUGGUGGCAGCCCACACCACUGACAAAAGAGGGAGGUGUAGACACAUCUAUCACCCUUUGCACUUUAGGCAUCACCCACACCCAGCAGACUCCAUUCAGGAGUAUGCCAUGGUGAGCUCUCUCCCCUCCUGAGAAACCAAUGCCCUAAAGCCUUGUAACUCUGCACAGCAGUUAACAUCACCAGUCUGUAAUACUUUGAGCAGUCUCAAAUACUGAUGUGUGAUGAGCUGACACUGCAGGGAACCUUCUCAUCAUGCUGCUCGUAUCCCAGGCUUUCUUUUCAACAUUUCAUCUCUUCCCCUUGGACUGCAGACAAGAGCACAGUGUAUUUAACUUUGCAGGUCCUGUUGCAAUUAUCCAGCCUUGCUGCUGUACAGUAGAGAAGGGUUAAGGGUGUAGAAAUUCACAGGCAUAACCAGGAAUUGUAUCUGGGCAUUAUGUUUUAUAGAAAUCAAAAUGACUGUCAUGAUUUUGAACUUUUUUUUUUUUAAUGAGAUUCACUGUGUAAUUUCAGGUUAUCAAUCAGCCUGUUAAUUUCCUAAUAAAACACAGGACAAGAGCA